UUCAUUGGUUUUACUACUGUACUUUCUUCCUCACAUUAAUGGCUAUGUUUGUCAGCAUCUUCCUCAUCCUCACUGGUCUCACAGGUAUUCACAGUAUAAGUACAGUCAGUUAUGUAACGGUGGAAAAAGGAGGUUCCAUCUCUAUCCCAUGUUUCUACGAGUCAAAGUACACAGACAAUGUGAAAUAUCUGUGUAAAGGAUGUAAGUGGAGUGGCUGCACAUAUGAAGUUAAAACAAAUCAGUACAAUUCAACAAAGUAUUGGGUCUCUGACGACCAAAACCAAGGAGUUGUUACCUGGACUAUUAAUGACCUGAACGAGGGGGACAAAGGUUGUUACUGGUGUGUCAUGGAGAUGAACCAGGGACCUGAUGAUGGAAAUUGUUUUAUUGUUUUUGUCACUGGAAAAGGUGGUGCCUUGCUCUAUGUGGAUUCUCAGAAGGUGACAGGGUUUAUUGGAGACCAAAUAACCAUCGACUGUCACUAUAGAAGAUCUAAACAAAUAAAGUGGUGCAGGACUGGUGGUGAAGGACCCACAUCCUGUAUCAAAGACUCUGGGUGGAUAGAAGAGACAAAGGUGACUAUUAACAGAAAUACCCCUGGUGUUAUUACUGUGACUAUGAGUGAACUGAGGGAGAGGAGCAGUGGUUGGUAUUGGUGCACUGAUGAAGACCUGCAGAUGCCGGUGCAUGUAACCAUUAAAGAGAGACCUACCACCACAGCAAUUGCAACGACAACAACAACAACAACAACCAGACAGUCAACGACCAUAUCAUCCUCUACCAAACCUGUCAAUCACACAUAUGUGAGUCAAGAACCGACCACAGAACAAACUGGAACACACAGCAGCUCAUCCAAUCAUCUGCUGAGUUUCAUCAUUCCUUUGUGUUUGCUGCUGCUGAUUGUAACGGUGGCCGUACUCACCUGGUUCAUGUUGAAAAGACGCAAGUCACCAGCCACAGCUGAGGAUGAACAGACAGUAACGUACAGUACUGUGACGCAUGUGAGAAAAACCACAGCCCAGCAGAUAAAUACUGAAGAUGAAGCAGACGUCAUGUACAGCACUGUGUUUUACAUUGCACAACAAAAUACACACCAGGUUGAAGAUGAGAAUGUGACCUGCAGCACAGUGGUUCAUCGCUACCUACUGCUCUCCAUAUGUACCUAUGAGGAUAUUUCAUUACACUUCUUUCACCAACCAACCCGUGAAGCACUGACGCAAGAAGGAAGAAAGAUAGAAGCUGUAUCGAGAAAAAUCAGGAAGUACAUAAUCAGUCUUGUGAAGCGGCCUCAUUGGUUUUACUACUGUACUUUCUUCCUCACAUUAAUGGUUAUUUUUGUCGGCAUCUUCCUCAUCCUCCCUGGUCUCACAGGUAUUCACAGUAUAAGUACAGUCAGUAAGGUAACGGUGGAAAAAGGAGGUUCCAUCUCUAUCCCGUGUUUCUACGAGUCAAAGUACACAGACAAUGAGAAAUAUCUGUGUAAAGGAUGUAAGUGGAAAAUCUGCUCAUAUGAAGUUAAAACAAAUCAGUACAAUUCAACAAAGUAUCUGAUCUCUGACGACCAAAACCAAGGAGUUGUUACCUGGACUAUUAAUGACCUGACAGAGGAGGACACAGAUUGUUAUUGGUGUGUCAUGGAGAUAAACCAGGGACGUGAUGAUGGAAAUUGUUUUAUUGUUUUUGUCACUGGAAAAGGCGAUGCCACGCUCUAUGUGGAUUCUCAGGAGGUGACAGGGUUUAUUGGAGACCAAAUAACCAUCGACUGUCACUAUAGAGGAUCUAAACAAAUAAAGUGGUGCAGGACUGGUGGUGAAGGACCCACAUCCUGUAUCAAAGACUCUGGGAAAAAAGAUGACACAAAGGUGACUAUUAACAGAAAUACCCCUGGUGUUAUUACUGUGACUAUGAGUGAACUGAGGGAGAGGAGCAGUGGUUGGUAUUGGUGCACUGAUGAAGACCUGCAGAUGCCGGUGCAUGUAACCAUUAAAGAGAGACCUACCACCACAACAACAACCAGACAGUCAACGACCAUAUCAUCCACGUCCAAACCUGUCAAUCACACAUAUGUGAGUCAAGAACCAACCACAGAACAAACUAGAACACACUGCAGCUCAUCCAAUCAUCUGCUGAGUUUCAUCAUUCCUUCCUGUUUACUGAUUCUAACGUUGAAUGCAUCCAUCUGGUUCAUGUUGAAAAGACGCAAGUCACCAGCCACAGCUGAGGAUGAACAGACAGUAACGUACAGUACUGUGACGCAUGUGAGAAAAACCACAGCCCAGCAGAUACAUACUGAAGAUGAAGCAGACGUCAUGUACAGCACUGUGUUUUACAUUGCACAACAAAAUACACACCAGGUUGAAGACAAAGAUGAGAAUGUGACCUACAGCACAGUGGUUCAUCGCUAGUGAAAUUAUGAAAUAACUUUCUGACUUCCUGUCUACUUGUUAAUACCUUUAUCAGUCAUUUGCUGUUGUCCAUCAAACCGUAGCCUACUGCUCUCCAUAUGUACCUAUGAGGAUAUUUCAGUAUGUGUUUUCACAAUCUAUGAUCUGUAUUUGUUAAUAAACAUGAAUAAAGU